CUUUCCAGAUUAUGUUGAGUGUAGUAGCGAAACAAACAUUUGCUCAAAAGGAAACAAAAGUUGCCUUAAAAUGGACAAGGACAAGCCGCUGCUACUGGUGCAGGAGGAAGAUGAUCGGAGAACAAGGGGAACAACUACGUUUGUGAAGGAGCUGAAGAAAGUGAGUUACAUGGCGGCGCCGAUGGUGGCGGUGUCGGUGUCUCAGUAUCUUUUGCAGGUCAUAUCGCUGAUGAUGGUGGGUCACGUCGGCGAGCUUGCUCUUUCUGGGGUUGCUAUUGCCACUUCCUUCACUAAUGUCACCGGCUUCAGUUUACUCUUUGGAAUGGCUGGUGCAUUGGAAACACUAGGAGGUCAAGCUUAUGGUGCCGAGCAAUAUCAAAAACUUGGAACCUACAGUUACUGUUCGAUAUUAUCUCUUGUAUCAGUUUGCUUCCCGGUGUCGUUCAUCUGGAUAUUUAUGGACAAACUAUUAACAUUGAUGGGUCAAGACCCUCGAAUCGCUGAGGUAGCCAGCAUUUACUCAAUCUGGCUCAUCCCAGCAUUGUUCGGUGAUGCUGUUCUUCAGUCGCUGGUUCGCUAUUUCCAGUCCCAGAGCAAAAUCCUUCCUUUGUUUUUGACUUCUUGUGCAAGUAUGUGUCUCCAUGUACCUCUCUGUUGGGCUCUAGUAUACAAGACGAAUCUGGGUUAUAUAGGCGCCGCCAUAGCAAUCACUGUUGCCUUGUGGUUUAACGUCAUCUUGCUGGCGGCUUACAUGAGAUGGUCUGCUAAUUGCGCCCCGACUCGGACCCUUGUUCUCGGUGACGUUUUUGUGAGCAUAAAGGAGUUUUUAAGCUUUGCACUACCUUCUGCUGUGAUGGUUUGCCUUGAAUGGUGGUCGUUUGAGCUUCUCGUGCUCCUGUCCGGACUAUUACCGAAUUCGGAACUCGAAACAUCGGUCCUUUCUAUAUGCCUUUCAACUACAUCGUUACACUACUUCGUGCCAUAUGGGGUCGGUGCUGCUGCAAGCACUCGGAUUUCAAAUGAACUAGGGGCAGGGAAUCCACAUUCGGCUCGGGUAGCCGUCAACGUCGUGAUGAUACUCGGAAUUUCGGAAGCAAUGAUUGUGAGCAUUACUCUGUUCAGUUGCCGCUAUGUUUUCGGAUAUCUAUACAGCAACGAGCCGGAGGUCAUCGACUAUGUUCGACAAAUGAUUCCCUUUAUUUCUUUGUCCGUCAUUGUGGACAGUUUACUAGCUGUUAUUACUGGCGUUGCAAGAGGAACCGGGUGGCAGCACAUCGGAGCGUAUGUGAACCUUGGGGCAUACUACCUUGUUGGAAUCCCAGUUGCCGUCCUGUUGUGUUUUGGUCUGCACUUGAGGGGAGAGGGACUUUGGAUUGGAAUAUUGACGGGAUCUUCUUUACAAUUACUUCUGCUAGGUUUAGUUACUAGUUUCACCAAUUGGCAAAAACAGGCAAGCAAAGCACAAGAGAGAAUGUGUGAGGAGAAAGUUUCCUAUGGAUUAUUAGCUUGAGAAG